CGGCGGGGGAGCAUUUCUUCCUAUUUUUCGUCUAUUUCUAUUAUUCGCUUGAGGUCCGAAAAGCUCCUCUUGAAGUGCUCCCACCGCUCCCAAGAGAGGCCGAGCGUUCCCCACCGCGCAAGAGGAAAAGGUUUCUGCACUAAAGAAAAGCAUGGAGCUCUCAAAAGUUAGAGACUUGUUAGAUCAACAUACUCCAACUAUGGUCACAGUCAAGGGAGCAACAAUGGGUUUAGCUGCAGGGACUGUAACAGGUGCAAUUGUGGCUACACUGUUUGAACGUGAUGUGCCCCCUGUGAAGCAAAAUGUGACACAUCCAGAGCUUAUGAGAACCCUCAAGGUAUGCGGUAACUAUGGACUUACUUUUGCUGCCCUUGGAGGUAUAUAUGCUGGUGUGGAACAACUGUUGGAAAAGCAGAGAAAGAAGAAGGACUUCAUUAAUGGCGCUGUGGGUGCUUUUGUUGCUGGAGCUUCUGUUUUGGGUUUGAAAGGUAAUACUUUUUGAUUUACAGGGAGGAGCAUUUCAUCUGGUCUUUUUUGUGGAGCUGCUUUAGCUUUCACUUCUGCAGGGCUGGAACAUUGCUUGUCAGAUGACCAGACUCAUGACCAGUGAAAAGUACUUACCUUACACAGCCGAGAAAAGGCCUUCUGUUAACCGAUUACCUGUACAAAGAAUCGCUAGUAGUAUUCCUGUCAUGGAGUUGUGGAAAUUUUGGGUGCCACUGUUUGUUUCUUCUUUUUCCGUCCCAUUUGGGAAGACUGUUACUGAUUUUGCAGCCCUCGGUGCAAGUUUUUUUUUUCUUUUUUCUUUUUUCUUCAUUGUAAUGAUUGGUGAAUGUAUCAUGUCAAGAAUGUAUUCGCAGGAUAGUCAGGUGGCAAAAGUAUACUAUUUUUUUUUUUUUUUUGUUGGUAAAAAAAUCUAACAAGUUCAUAAUAGCUUAAUUGCUUGUAUGCGAUGAGGCAGCUCAAAUUUUUUGGGCAAAACUGGUACUUUAUUCAAUUUAUUUGGCCAUGAU